AUGAAGAGAGUUCUCCCCUCUCGACUUCAACAACUCUGCCAUUCAAGUGGCAGCACGUGGUGCUUCCACCCAAACACAAAUACUCGCGCAGCCUUAUUCAGGUCCUCACUCUCAAAUCGGCAAGUCAUUGGAGAGGCAGCCUCUGACAAGAAUGAGAAGAAUGCUUCAACAACAGCUUUCGAAAAGGAUCAACAAGAAUUUCUAAAGAAUAACCCUUCUGUUGCAUCUGUUUCAUCAUACGACAAAUCUCCAAGUGCUGUUCGAAAAGAAAAGGAAAAAGAAAGUUCCUUCUUUGACAAUCCAAAUCCAAUUCCUAAUUUAAAUACAACAGAAAAGAUGGCAAACAAAAAUCCAAUUGGAUCCUACACUCCUGGUUCGUAUGUGGUUGGAUCCACAACUGUGGAAGAAGAUGACUCUGAUAUUCCAAGUCAUCAUAUGGGAAAACCUUUGGAUGGAGAUCCAAAUUUAUUUUUUGGAUUUGACGACGAACUUUAUGAGGAAACUUUGUACACCGAGAAAGACACAACUGCAAAGUUUCUUGGUAAUGAAACGAAUAAUAGUGGAAAAGGAUUGAACAACAAUUCUUGGAAAAGCUCCAGUAUCAACAAGGAUCAACAAAGUGAAAUUAAGGAAAAAACAAAGGAAUAA